CUUGCCCCUGGCCACGCCCCCUCACGGGUGGGCGGGACCAGAUAGGCCAGGUGGGCGGGGCCAGAUGGGCCCAGCGCGUGCCUGGAGUCUGACAGACUCUGAGUGGCGGCCGGGAGGCUCCAGUCCGAGGGUCCACAACGCGAGUCAACAUGGCCGCAGCGUUUAGGAGAAGUUGCGGGGUCCUGAGAAGUAUUAUUUCUCAUUUUGACUGGAGAUCACAACAUACAAAAGCUCAUCAAAAACGAGAACCAGGAUUAGGAUUUAGUUUUGAGUUCACUGAACAACAGAAAGAAUUUCAAGCUACUGCUCGUAAAUUUGCCAGAGAGGAAAUAAUCCCAGUUGCUGCAGAAUAUGAUAAAACUGGUGAAUACCCUUUCCCCCUAAUUAAAAGAGCCUGGGAACUUGGUUUAAUCAAUACACACAUUCCCGAGAGUUGUGGUAAGCUUUCUUCACAUUUUUAUGUAUACUUUUUGGCUACAGCUAUACAAAUGCCUGUUAUUAUCGCUGGAAAUGAUCAACAAAAAAAGAAGUAUUUGGGGAGGAUGACUGAGGAGCCAAUGAUGUGUGCUUACUGUGUAACAGAACCAGGAGCAGGCUCUGAUGUAGCUGGUAUAAAGACCAGAGCAGAAAAGAAAGGAGAUGAGUAUAUUAUUAAUGGUCAGAAGAUGUGGAUAACCAAUGGAGGAAAAGCUAAUUGGUAUGCUUUUGAGUUAAACAUGGGCCAGCGAUGUUCAGAUACAAGAGGAAUUGUCUUUGAAGAUGUGAAAGUACCUAAAGAAAAUGUUUUAAUUGGUGAAGGAGCUGGUUUCAAAAUUGCAAUGGGAGCUUUUGAUAGAACCAGACCAACAGUGAGUAAUAUGAGUUUACACCAAGGAGUAGCAUUUUUGCUGGCAGAAAUGGCAAUGAAAGUUGAACUAGCUAGAUUAAGUUACCAGAGAGCAGCUUGGGAGGUUGAUUCUGGUCGCCGAAAUACCUAUUAUGCCUCUAUUGCAAAGGCAUUUGCUGGAGAUAUUGCAAAUCAAUUAGCCACGGAUGCUGUGCAGAUUUUUGGAGGCUAUGGAUUUAAUACAGAAUAUCCUGUAGAAAAACUAAUGAGGGAUGCCAAGAUCUAUCAGAUUUAUGAAGGUACUGCCCAAAUUCAAAGGCUUAUUAUAGCUCGUGAACAUGUUAGCAGGUAUAAAAAUUAAAAGAGACCUCUACAGAAACGUGGUUAAUCAUUGAAUAAUUAGAAUACAAUCUACUGUUUAUGUUUCAGAAAAGAGAAAGGGCUUUAAAAUAAGUAUUCUUAUAUAAAUCUAUACCAUUGAUUCUAAUGUUAGUUUGCACUUUUGUUUAACAACUCUAUGAUUUCCCUUUUUUUCAGAUAGAUUUGGUUUCAUUACAAUUAUGUGUUGUCACAAUGUUGUGAUGGUGCACACCUAUAAUUCAAGCUACUUAAGAGGCUGAGGCAAGAGGAUCACAAGUUUGAGGCCAGCCUCAACUUAGUGAUUUAAAUUAAAUAUUUAAAUUAAAGAAAAAAUUUUAAAAGGGUUGGGAAUGUAGGUUGACUUUCCUUGCCUACCAUGUGUGAGGCCCUGGGUUCAGUCCCCAGUAUUGUAGGUCCCUUUGUAUCACUGUACUUGAAUUAUAUUAGCCAAGAAAAUUACAUUUGUCAUUUGAUGCCUUAAAGAAGCAGAAAUACCUUGGAAUUUUAUUAUUUUCCAGUGAUAUAAAAUUGGGCCUAUGAAUUCAAAUAUGCCCAAAUUUACAUUGAGAAAAUAUUAUAGGAUCUGGAUAACAUCAAACAACUUGCCAGCAACUUUGAAGAUUUAAUGGUAUUAUGUAUUAAAAGUGUUUACAAUUUGAAACGUACUUGCCUUCAUUUCUGCACAAUAAUAGCCAAAAUUUCAAUAUUCAUAUUUGCUCAUUAUACAACUAUGAGAAAUUUCUUGAAAAUCUUUUUAAUGAUGACCUCAUGUUUUACUUGCCUUAUUUAAAUCAAUAAAAUUUGCCCUACAUUA